CUACGAACGCAUGAUGCCACUCUUGCAAAUCGCGAUGCACAUCAAUAUGUUCCACACAGAACACGAGGACUAUCCCUUCUGGGCGAGCACCUUGACUUACAUCGUCGAGAAAUAUAUGAAGAGAACCGCGGCGGUGGUUCCUCAAUGGAAACUGUGGUCAAAGCCAGUGAAGGACCGCAAAGAAAUCGAGGAGGGAAAGAAAGGAGCGUCGAAACAGCAGUCUGCGCCCACCGACGAGUCUGCAACCACGAGUGCCGACAAGAAUGCUGGCGCUCUCGACGCCGAGUCUCCGACAUGCGAGGCUGAUGAACAGUCGGAAACCGCUGAAUCUCCUGUAAAUUCUGCAAGUCAGGAAUCAGAAAUUGCGGAGAACGAGGAGCACCCGACACCAGUACCCAAGCCGCAACGCGACAAGAAGGGGCUUACCACAGCCCUUGACUUCCCUGAUCCCGAUUACUUUCCAGAAGCUGAAGGUCACUCGAGAGAUGCCUUAAUUAGUAAAGGCAGCAACAAGGCAUCGGAUGUCGACGAAGAGCAACAACGGGCUGACUCGGACAACAUUGCGAACACCGGCUCCCUUGCCGCCGCCGAUGAUCAACAACGUUCCUCACCACCUUCGGAGUCGGAUUCUCAAGCUCUGUUCGUGGAGGAGGAAUACAACUUCGAUCUGUCAAUGUCCACCAAUCGUACGACAGACACUGGUCUGAGGAAGAAGGUCAUAACGGACUUCGGGGUGCUCACACCGCGUUAUCCCGGCAUGGACUUGGACCCUGCGCAAGUCUACUCGGCCUGCGCCAACGUGCGGAACGAUUAUGCUGGUACCAAGAUUGUCCCUCAUGGCGGUCCCUCCGACUUCGUUCCAAAAUUUAGAGCUCACCCCGACGGUGAUGGCGACAGUAACGAAGAAGCAGAAGACCUCCAGGGCGACGACGAGGGCGCAUAUCCCGAGGACGAGGACUCGGAUGAUGAUGAUGACGACGACGACUAUCGCCCGGAUCCACCAAUCGUCACACCGUCAGCCUCUGGCUUCACUCUCAAGCUGCGCGAUCGGAAGCCUGCAUCUGCUACGCCGUCUCCGGAUGAUAAUCUGGUACAGGCCGAUCGCGAGGCACUCGAUUGGUUGGAACGAGACAUGCUCUUUGAUGAAUCCGAGACUUCUCUACACGACGAGGUUUGCAACACGGCACGCGCUUUCAAGGAGUUCAAGGAUUUUGCCAAAUUUUACGUUGCGAUACUCUGUGAAGGCAAGCGGUCACCCUCGAACAAGAAUAAGAAGGGGGCCUUUACCAGGAAGCUGUACGAGCGACUGUACAAAGGGAUCCGCUCGCUCAUGAUCCAGGUCCUUUACUUAAUGACCAGCGACGUUUGGGAGCACCAGCACAAUGUCGUUGGCAUGGUUAUGGUGAGCGACUACUGGUGUUGGAACGAGUUCGAGCGCAUCCCUGGGCGCAACAAAGUGGAGGCGAAAUGGCAGGAUUACACGGAUGAGACGCGCCCGUUUAAGACUUGCAACCCAUGGACUCGAUUUGUUCAAUGGGGCUCGCCCGCCUCCGAUCAAGCACUUGCAAAUAUGAUGGAGCGUGUCAACCAGCUCUAUCCUGCGUUCUCGCCCUCACCGACUGUCGACGUGACCACUGGCGCUACGCCCUCUGCUUCGGACGCGCCUUCCGCUUCUGGCUCUUCUGGUCCUACCGCUGUGGCUACGCCUGCCGACGCUCCAUCGUCCGCGGAGGCUCCUGGCUCCGCAGACCUCGACACCCCGUCGGGCGGACUCGCUGAUUCUGGCGAAGAGAUUCAGGCCGUGGAACAAUACCCGGAGACACACGAAGACGAACUCCCGCACCGCGAGGACGAAGUUCAGUCCUUACCCAUCGAGCGUGAUGAAGCGCUUGGCGUGCCUCGCGCUCUCGACAUCGACAUCACCAUGCACGAGCCAGAACUUGCGUCGAACGCUGCCGAACCCUUCGAUGCACCCUCUGCUCGUGCAGCUUCCGCUCGUAUGGAAUAUCGAAACAUCCUGGACAGCGAGGUAGACGAUGGUCCACCUCCUCUCAUGGCAAAGGCGAACACCGCAGCAGCUGGCAGUCCCGAUUCUCGACGCUUUCACGAAGAGGGCUCGCACGCCACCUUCAAUGACUCGGCCAUCAUCAGAACUGGCGACGACGCUGGCUAUAGUGGCAAUACCUCCUCGAAACCUCUCGAUAACGAGGAAAUUCAAGGUCAUGCGCAAGACGCCUCGACUCUCAUCCCCACGAUGCGGGCCGCCUCUGUCCAGCCACGCUCAACCAACGCCCCAGGGGACACGACCAAGCCCCGAUCUCUAGCGACACCCUCAGCUCCACCAGGCACGUCUGCGUCUGCUGUUCCGCUCGCUCCUCACGUGCGAUACAAUGUUCCUCUGCGCACUGCUACCCAAGAUAUCGAGCCCGACUCAGGUCCACCCGGGCUCUAUCCCGAGAUUGACGACACUGGAACAAACAAUGGUCUGACGAACACUACUGGUCCCAGGCCCCUGUAUGGCCAGAAUACUCAAGCGGCGCUCGACGGUCUCGCCGCCAUCAGCAUCUCCAACAACGAAAGCACCAACCACUCCGGCAAUGCUACCUCUGGCAACAACGGGCUUGCUAGUGUUGCCGUCAUCCCGGCUAGCGUGGUCCCUGCUCAAGGGGGCGGCGACGGCGGCAGCAGCAGCAGUGGAGGAGGAGCGGGAGGAGCGGGAGGAGGAGGAGGAGUAGGAGGAGGAGGAGGUGGUGGUGGUGGUGGUGGUGGUGGUGGUGGUGGAACUAUGCCCGUCGGCCCUGAGAAUCCACUAAAGCGACUCGAGCCCGACGACCCAGACGAAGAGGACAAGGGAACGCCGCGGGCGCCGAAAAAGGCCAAACGAACGCCUGCAGCCGCCGACCCGCCAGUGCAGGCAGGACCUGGACCGUCUACGCAGGCCAAUAGAAGGGCAGCGUCUCAGCGGGGCAAGCGCAAGAGAACUAAACCAGCGUCAACCACCCAGGAGAAACGCCCUCGCGACAACUUGGGGAGGUUUUCCAAGAAGAAGUAG